AUGACCACACGCCUCACUAUGACCACCCGCCUCACUAUGACCGCACGCCUCACUAUGGCCACACGCCUCAACAUGACCACACGCCUCACUAUGACCACACGCCUCACUAAGACCACACGCCUCACUAUGGCCACACGCCUCACUAUGGCCACACGCCUCACUAUGACCACACGCCUCAACAUGACCACACGCCUCACUAUGACCACACGCCUCAACAUGACCACACGCCUCACCACAUGCCUCACUAUGACCACACGCCUCAAUCACACGCCUCAACAUGACCACACGCCUCACUAUGACCUCACGCCUCACUAUGGCCACACACCUCACUAUGACCACACGCCUCAACAUGACCACACACCUCACUAUGACCACACGCCUCACCACACGCCUCACUAUGGCCACACACCUCACUAUGACCACACGCCUCAACAUGACCACACACCUCACUAUGACCACACGCCUCACCACACGCCUCACUAUGGCCACACGCCUCACUAUGGCCACACACCUCACUAUGACCACACGCCUCACUAUGACCACACGCCUCAAUCACACGCCUCAACAUGA